GGUACAGCCUGACCCCUACGUGCCCCACGGGCUGCGUACUCUUUGCGCCUGCGCAGUUCACGCAACUCCCUUUCUGUCUCCGCGGCCGCCAUGGCUCCUAUGAAAAAGCUUGUGGCGAAGGGGGGAAAAAAAAAGAAGCAGGUUCUGAAGUUCACCCUCGACUGCACCCACCCAGUAGAAGAUGGAAUCAUGGAUGCUGCCAAUUUUGAGCAGUUCCUCCAGGAGAGGAUCAAAGUGAACGGGAAGGCCGGGAACCUCGGAGGAGGGGUGGUGACCAUCGAGAGGAGCAAGAGUAAGAUCACCGUCACAUCUGAGGUGCCUUUCUCCAAAAGGUACUUGAAGUAUCUCACCAAAAAGUAUUUGAAGAAGAAUAACCUGCGUGACUGGUUGCGUGUAGUCGCUAACAGCAAAGAGAGUUACGAAUUGCGUUACUUCCAGAUAAACCAGGAUGAAGAGGAGGAGGAAGACGAGGAUUAAAACUCACUUACCUGAUACAUUUUGUACACGUUCUUGAAUAAAACUUAGGAACC